UCUGAAGCGAGUACGCGGGACGCCAGUUCGACUGGCCCAGUCGGCGUUUUAUUAUGCGCAGAAGCCAUAAUUCGCGUCACCGCGGCGGUGGUGAGUAACAGGUCUUGCGUGACCGCGUGCGUGGGUCAAAAUCAAACGCAAACGCCAUGGCAAACGUGUCUCUUGACAAGGAUAUGUUUUUUCGGCGCAUGAAGCGCAUGUACGCCGCUUGGAAGGAUGGAGAAGUCGGCACCGAUGAUAGUUUCAGUAAAAUGGACUGUCUGGUCUCGGCUGUCGGCACCGACGAGGAUAUCGUUUACAGCAAGUCCACGGCGUUGCAGACAUGGUUGCUCAGCUAUGAACUCACAGACACAAUAAUGAUAUUGGCGGAGGAAAUAAUCACCUUUUUAGCUAGCAAAAAGAAAAUUGAGUUUUUGAGGAAAGUGGAAAAUCAGAAAACUGAGGAUACGGGAGUUCCUCCAGUUAAAUUGUUCGUGAGAGACAGAAGCGAUGAAGACAAAGCUAAUUUUGCCAAACUCAUUGAAGUAAUGAAACAAAGUAAAAAAGGCAAAACUCUGGGAGUAUUUUCGAAGGAAAAUUACCCUGGUGCCUUUAUGGAUGCAUGGAGAGCUGCUUUAAAAAAUGAAUCAUUUGAUACGGUGGAUGUAAGCGCAGCAGCUGCAUAUGUCAUGUGUCCAAAGGAAGACAGCGAAAUUCUUACUAUAAGGAAAGCUUGUUUGGUAUCUAUGGAUGUCUUUACCAAAUAUCUUAAGGAUCAGAUAAUGGAAAUCAUAGAUUCCGAUAAGAAAGUUAAACAUUCGAAACUGGCGGAAGGUGUAGAUGCAGCUAUCACAAAUAAAAAGUAUGUAACAGGAGUAGAUGUGACGCAGGUAGAUAUGUGCUAUCCUGCGAUUAUACAAAGUGGUGGAAAUUAUUCUCUCAAGUUCAGUGCCGUUAGUGAUAAAAAUACCACUCUUCAUUUUGGCGUCAUUGUUUGUUCAUUGGGAGCACGUUACAAAUCCUAUUGUUCAAAUAUAGUGAGAACUUUGUUGGUUAAUCCUACAAAGUCAAUUGAGACAAAUUACAAUUUUUUACUGCAACUUGAAGAGGAGAUCUUGAAAAAGUUAAAAGCUGGCACACAAAUAAGCGAAGUGUACGAGACUGGCAUCAAAUUCGUGAAAGAUGAGAAACCGGAAAUGCUGAAUCAUUUGACUAAGAACUUCGGAUUUGCCAUGGGUAUCGAGUUCAAGGAAAGUUCUUUAUUAAUUGGCCCGAAAACCCACGCAGUAGCCAAAAAGGGCAUGGUCUUCAAUGUCAAUGUUGGUCUCGCGAACCUCACUAAUUCAGAUGCGACAGACAAAGAAGGAAAAAUAUACGCUCUUUUCAUAGGCGAUACGGUUAUGGUGAAUGAGGAUCAACCCGCUACUAACUUAACACCGGCAAAGAAAAAGGUAAAGAAUAUCGGUAUAUAUGUAAAAGACGAUGAGGACGACGAAGAGGAGGGAAGUGGUAAAGAAAAUGAGCCAAAACCCGAGAUCUUGGGACGCGGUAAGAGAACAGCUGUAAUAGAAUCCAAAUUGAGAACAGAACACAGUUCGGAAGAGAAGAGAAAGCAACAUCAGAAAGAGUUAGCUCAACAAUUGAAUGAGAUCGCUAAGGCUCGUCUGGCUCAACAGUCCGGUGGUAAGGAACAGGAGAAAAUACGUAAAUCAACCGUCUCUUACAAGAGUCUAAGUCAUAUGCCACGUGAGGCGGAAGUCAGAGAACUGAAGCUGUACGUGGACAAGAAGUAUGAGACUGUGAUUCUACCUGUUUUUGGUAUUCCCGUACCUUUCCACAUAUCAACAAUCAAGAACAUUUCCCAGUCAGUGGAAGGAGAUUAUACGUAUCUUAGAAUAAACUUUUUCCAUCCGGGAGCAACAAUGGCGCGAAAUGAAUUCGGAUCUUACCCUCAACCUGAUGCAACGUUUGUCAAAGAAGUGACAUAUCGAAGCACAAAUACCAAAGAGCCCGGCGAGAUAUCCGCGCCGUCGUCGAACUUGAACACAGCUUUUAGAUUAAUCAAAGAGGUCCAAAAGAAGUACAGAAACCGAGAAGCGGAAGAGAGAGAGAAGGAAGAUCUCGUAAAACAGGACACUUUAAUAUUGUCACAAAACAAAGGCAAUCCAAAGCUGAAGGACUUGUACAUUCGACCGAAUAUAGUCACGAAAAGAAUGACGGGUGGAUUGGAAGCGCAUGUCAACGGUUUCCGAUAUACUUCGGUUCGCGGUGACAAAGUGGAUAUUCUUUAUAAUAACAUAAAAAAUGCUUUCUUCCAACCAUGCGAUGGUGAAAUGAUUAUACUGCUCCAUUUUCACUUAAAGCAUGCCAUCAUGUUUGGUAAAAAGAAACACUUGGAUGUACAGUUUUAUACGGAAGUUGGAGAAAUAACUACAGAUUUAGGCAAACAUCAACACAUGCACGACCGUGACGAUCUAGCUGCCGAACAAUCGGAACGAGAGCUAAGACACAAAUUAAAAACUGCUUUUAAAAGCUUUUGCGAAAAGGUUGAGGGAAUGACUAAACAAGAUAUUGAAUUUGAUACACCAUUUCGUGACUUGGGAUUUCCUGGUGCGCCUUACAGAAGUACGGUUUUGCUUCAACCAACCAGCGGAUGUUUGGUCAAUCUCACAGAAUGGCCUCCGUUUGUCAUUACAUUGGAAGAUGUUGAAUUGGUUCACUUUGAAAGAGUGCAGUUUCAUCUAAAGAACUUCGACAUGAUCUUCGUUUUCAAAGAUUAUCAUAGAAAAGUGGCGAUGGUAAAUGCCAUCCCUAUGAAUAUGUUGGAUCAUGUCAAAGAGUGGUUAAAUUCGUGUGAUAUUCGAUACUCGGAAGGAGUUCAGUCUCUAAAUUGGACCAAGAUCAUGAAAACUAUAACUGAUGAUCCUGAGGGAUUCUUCGAUAGCGGAGGAUGGACAUUCCUGGAUCCUGAAAGUGAUGCGGAAAACGAAGAGGAUGUUGAAGAUGAAGAAGAGGAGGAGGAUGAUGCAUAUGAGCCGUCAGAUAUGGAUAGCGAGGAAGAAUCUGACGAUGAUUCCGAAUAUUCUGAAGCUUCUGAAGAUACCGAUAGCGAAGAAGAAGAAUUGGGUAGUUCUGAGGAAUCCGGCAAGGAUUGGUCGGAUUUGGAGCGAGAAGCGGCCGAGGAGGACAAAGAAAGAAGCGAUGAUCGUUACCGCGACGAUUAUACUUCCAGUAAUAAGAAGAAGAAAGCCAAUCGAAGACAAUCUACACCUCCGUCAAAAGACAGACAUAAUUCCAAGCACAAGAGCUCUUCGAGUUCGAAAAGCAAAAGCGUGUCCAGCAGCAAGGACAAGCGAUCACCGGACAAACACAGAACGGAUCGAUCACGGAGUGGGGGCUCGCACAAGAAAGGGUCUCCUUCCAAAUCGUCCAAACACAGCCCCAAAAAGAGCGAUAGACACGAUAAGCAUGACAAAAGUAAGUCGUCGCAUUCCUCGUCCAGCAGUAAAAAACGGUCUCGCGAGGACAGUUCGGAAAGAAACGGAAGGUCACCUAAAAAGUCUAGGAAGUAAACGUGUGUGAAGGAGAGUACUCGCGCACUAAGAAAGAAGCACACAGGAAGAUACACAACAAAUACAACAUUAUUUCUAAGUACUUUCGUAUUUAAGAUUAUAGCGAGUAACCUAACCAUUAACUUAGCUAAGAAAUAUAGUACAUUUUCUUGCAUUAGAAACGAUUGAAAUAUUUGAUGUUACCUUAUAAUUUGAGAGUGACUGCUUUGUCGUUCGAAGUAUUUUCUUUUUGUAUGCACUCUUAGUUUGUAGCAUCAAUAAAUUUUACUUAUACGAGUGGUUGGGAAGAAUUUCGAGGUCUCAACGUUCGAACUAAUUGAAUUGCUUUCGAAUCUCAAGCUCGAGUGUUAAAAUUGUUCCGAGUUUUGAUACUCGAGCAGUUCGGAAAAGUUUAGCGAGGCUUAUUUUGUAACGACGCAUGCGGUACAGGCAUAAAUUACGUAACACGUCAUUGCGCAAACAAAAUGUAUCAUAAAACGGGACAACAUGUGUUAACAAAAUAACAAAAUUGUCAUAAAUUAUAAUAGAAUAAGACGGCACAAAAUGUUUCUGGUUCGAACUGUUCACGAAUUUGGAGUACAAGUUCUUCGUUCGAGUCUGUUGUCUGAGAGUUACGUUAACAUCCUGCAGCCGUAUAUCUGUGUGAGCUUUCAAGUGUACAUAAGAAUAACAUUUUAAUAUAAGAUCACAUUUUAUACCUAGGGAUGCAUGUAUGUAUUUCAUAUGUACUUCCUAAUUUGUUUUGUAUUCCUAUUAAAAGAUGGAAUUCUCACUUC